AGCACUGCAUAGUUUAUGACCCUCGGAUGUUUUGCACUGUUUUGGAUUCAGCCUGUGUCUCCCUCUUGCGGUAAGGCAGAGUCGUUAUGUGCUGUUGAGCAGUGCAGUGUGGCUUUGGCUUUGUGCCAUAAGGUAGGGAGCGGCCCCCCGCCUCCUCCCGCGCUCUCCGCAGCGGCGCGCGAAGCUGCGCGAGCUGCACCACUUCUGUUCGCUAUGUGUCCACCGGCAGCACGCGCUCUCCCUGCGCUCCUGCUCGCGCUCUGCGCCCUCAGCCCGGUGCUCACAGCAUAUAAACCAUUACGUCCACGCAAUGUGAAGCUAACGUCAGUGGAGAAGGGCUUAAAGGUGACAUGGGACCCACCUAACGAGCUGGACGGUCGUCCAGUGGAUCGAUACAGUAUUGGCUAUGGCAAGUCCAUGAGGUCUCUGCGCUUCAUCAAGGUGGACAAGGACCGCCGCUCCGAGGUACUAGAGGACGUAGAGCCUGGAGUCCUGCACUUUCUCAAGAUCAAUUCUGAGAAUGAGGAGGGAAUGAGUAAACCAGUCUACAGAGCAGAAACUCCAGGAGGUGGAGAGUGGGUAAAACUGGAUGGCUUUGCUGUUGAAGGUGGAUUUUCUGCAAACAGCUCCUCACCAGGUAGAAGGUCAUCUGAGUUCUCCUCUAAGAUAAGCCCUCAGCCUGCAGUUGAGAAACCAACACUGUUACAGCAGAGAGCCCCUCAGUCUUCCUCAGGCCCUGAGGCUCCACGCAGAGGAGGAUACCUGCCGAUCCGCUCUCAAAACAAACAUAGGGUGGACCUCAGUCAGCCCCAAGCUGACCAGCGCAAUGCUAACAAACCUAAACUAGCAUCUGAGUCCAUCUAUGUGGUAUCACUGCAGGCACAAAAAACACUACAGAGGAACGUACCAGCAAGUACGAGUGUAAAUACCGAAAACCCUCCUCCAGAGCGUGAUGAAGUAGAGGAGGCAGAAGACGUCACAGUGAGGAUUCUGUCUCCCCAGUCUGUUGUAAUCACAUGGGUGGAUCCACUUGUCAAGAAACAGAAAAGUAUCCCUGAAGGUACCAGGCAAUACACUGUCAGAUAUAGAGAGAAGGGAGAGUCUGCUCGGUGGGAAUAUAAGGAGACCUCACAGAGGCGGCUCGUGAUUGAGAAGCUCUCUGCUGAUGGAAUGUAUGAAUUCUCUGUUCGAAUCAGUCAGGGAGACCAACAUGGAGCAUGGAGUGUAUCUGUAUUCCAAAGGACUCCUGAAUCAGCUCCCUCUGGUCCUCCUGAGAACUUUGAGGUGAAACCACUUAGAGGGAAAGGCACAGCGGUCACAGCAACAUGGGAUCCACCUGAUGAACCCAAUGGUAAAAUCAGAGAAUAUAUCCUGUCCUAUGCUCCAGCCUUGAAACCCUUUGGAGCAAAGUCAGUAACAUAUCGUGGCACUACUACCUCAGCCACCAUAGAUGGACUGAGACCUGGUGAUCGCUACAUCUUCAAAAUUCGAGCAGCUAACAGGAAAGGGCAAGGACCACAGUCUAAAACCUUGAGUGUUGCAAUGCCGGAAACCAGCACUACUGCCUCACGGCAUUCCACUCAGCCUAAGAACCCAUCCAGAACAUCUGUAUCUGAUGACUUAGAGGAUCAGUAUACAGAAGACACGGAAGAAUCUCAUACCCAUACCACUACUUCUCCACCCACAAACAAGAAAUAUCGCCCCCUUUCUCAAACACGGUCUUAUCACAGCAUUUUUUCAUCUAUAAGGGGCUCUGUCAGGAGUUCAAGUUCCAACUCUAGGACAACCAUUAGCAGUGAUAAAGAAGGAGAUGAAGAAGAGACACCAACAGACACUCCAAAAGAAGAUGAAGCAACAGCAAAUGAAGCUGUUGAGGAUAUGCAACCUGAAAGUACUAACAAUGUUCCAUCAAAAACUGAGAAGGAAGAAGAACAGAAAGUUUCAUCUGCAGCUAAGGAAUCAAGCUCUAUUCUUAAAGGUUCAUUACCCAAAACUCAUUCCUCUUCUCCAAUGUCCAAAGAGGGCCAUCACCAAUCUCAGUCACUGACCCCUCACACAUCUUCUGUUGUCAAUGCCGGCCGUUUAAGACGGCCACCCUCUAGUACCUCAGGGUCACGGUCAAGGAAUCAGAAAGGAGUAUCUUCCAGUUUACCCAACAGCCAAGACCCUGCAGUCUCAAAGAAAGUCCACCCCAGCUCCUAUCCUGAAGACAAGGUCAGUACUACAGUAGCAAAAUCAUCCACCCCAUUGCCUCAGGAAACCAAGAUGGAAACAGAGAGAGAGUCAUCAUCUUCAUCACUAUCUUUGCCAGUGUCAUCAGCUGGGACGAGUAGAGUUUCUAACCCAACAAAUCAUGCCAGUAACUCAGGGCCUGGUCCUGUUUAUCCAAAUGGCAGAAGAGUAACUCAAUCUAAGGGUCACAGAUAUCAGACAGGACAACAAAAAACAGCUUUAACCUCAUCUGCUUUAUCACAAUCUUCAGCAGGAUCCAGUACUGACAAUCGGGAUACCCACUCAACCAGCAUUGGGGACACAAAAUAUGACAAUAAAAAUGAUUAUAAACUAAAGAUUAAAAAUAAUGAAGACUCACCUUCCUCUUAUCAAUAUACCACUACUCCUUCCCCUUCAAUUAAAGGAGAGAAUACACGGGACCUUGGUAACAAUAAUUAUAAAGACAAGUCUGUUAAUAGUCAUUUGCCUUCAUCUCAGAUUCCGUCUACAGCAAUCGCAGGACAUGGUUCCUCCUUGUCUAACAGAAAUUCCAAGAUAGUAAUUGGAAGUAGUCAAAGAAAAGAUGUCAGGAUCCCAUCGAGCAGGACUGCUUCUUCUGUAGGUGCAGGGAGGCCAAUUCUGAGAGGAACACCAUCGAAUUCAACAACCCCAGGAGAGCAUGUCAGUGGUAAAACCAAAACCUUCCCAACAACCUACACUACAAAACAUUUGGUUGACUCUGACCUUGCAAAACCAACUGUAAACAGCAGACAAGCUGUUUCAAGCAAUGGACAGACAACUUCUAAUGAUCACGUUCACAAAGAAGACAUAAACUAUAGCAAUGAUCACAAACAUCAUUACCUCUCUGAGGUCAGCAAAGAAACCCAUGAGAUUAGCAAUAAGAAUUCUGCCCCAACUGAUCCCCCCAAAACAAUUGCCUCUAAUGUUAAAGAGAUUCAGCAGUCUGGUCAAACAUCUGAGAACAGCUCUCACUCAUCCUAUAUGACUCUCAGUAGACUUGGUUUGGGUUCAAAAGGAAAGGUUCGUUCUGCUCUCCUGGCCAGUCGUCUGAAUGAGUUACGGUUGCUUGGUAGGUUACAGACAAUACAAAAUACACAACUGGGCUCUGCUGCUAAACAAAACUCCUCUUCAUCAUCCGUUUCAACUUCUUCAUCCUCUUCUGCCUCCCAGACCAUGGAACACAAAGCCUCACCUUCAGAUCAUGGCACAGGUACAAGCCAAAAUGCUAACGUUAGAUCAACUGUGGGAUCGGUCUCACGCUCAUCCCUGAAGCAACCUGCUACUUAUCAAAACUCUGGUGGCGACACUCCAACUGAUAUCAAGACCUCCUUAACGGCUCCAGCUAGAAAUCCAGUGGUGAGAUCACGCUUUUCACACAGAUCUGACAAAUAUUCAAGAGGAAAAACCCCACUCAGCUUGCACAAACCUAGUUAUGGGCAAGGCAAGAAUGGGCGACCAAAUCUUACAGCUACAAAUGGCAAAAUUGCAUCUACAUCAAAUGAAAAUACAAAAGGAAAUGGAGUCAAAUAUAUUACAGGCCCCGAUGGAACCAGAUGGGUUGUAGAUCUGGAUAAAGGAGUCUUAAUGAAUGAAGAGGGAAAGGUUUUGCAGGAUACUAGAGGCCGGCCCAGGAAAGUAGUCAUUGGAGAAGAUGGAAAAACUAUUUUUGAUGAGCAGGGUACCCCAUUAGUAAACCAGGAAGGUAUGGCUUUGUUUGGUCAUGGGAGGGACAGUCGGCCUGUGGUUAACCCCAAAGAUAAGUACCUCACUGUGGGAGGGAAGCCAGUGGUGGGCCUGGAUCGUCCUUCACCCAGUACUACAACCACAACCACCACAUCUACAACUACACCUACAACUACACCUACAACUACAACUACAACUACAACGACAACCACCACCACAACCACCACCACAACCACUGCUGAACCAACAACAACAGAAAUUACAACUCUAGAGUCCACAACUGAAGCUUUGCCUACCUGUCCCCCUGGAACAUUUCCAAAGCUGAAUAAGAACGGCAUUCCUGUGAUGGAUGUUUAUGGAAUACUGGACUGCUACCCAAGUGAUGAAUUUUGGAUGGAGACCACCAUGUUUCCUACCACCACUCAGCUGCCCACUACCACUCAUACCCCCACUACUGAGUUCCGCAUCUUCAACAACAGCCCAUCCUCUGAGUUUGAUGCUACUGGCAAGAAACGCUUCACAGCUCCAUAUGUGAACUACAUCCAGAAGGAUCCUGGUGCUCCAUGUUCCCUGACCGAGGCUCUAGAGUACCUGCAGGUGGAUGUGCUGGCUGAUCUCAUUGAGAAGGACAGUGUCACAGCCAGCCAAAAGCAGCCACCCAAACACAAGCCGCAUAACAUCACUGUGAUUGCCAUGGAGGGCUGUCACUCAUUUGUUAUUUUGGACUGGGCCCGCCCAUUGAAGGAUGACAUGGUGUCAGGGUACAUGGUGCAGAGUGCCUCCUAUGAUGAUGUCCUGAACAACAGAUGGUCAUCUAGUCUCUCAUCUGGCACCCACCUAGCUGUGGAGAACCUCAAGCCAAACUCCAGGUAUUACUUCAGAGUUCAAGCAAAGAAUGUUUUUGGUGUAGGGCCAUUCAGCGAACCAUUAAUGUAUGUUACAGAAUCAGAUGACCCUCUUCUUAUAGAGAGACCUCCAGGUGGCGAGCCUAUUUGGAUUCCUUUUACCUUUAGGUACAAUCCUGCCCACAGUUCGUGUAAAGGAAGUCAAUUUGUCAAGCGCACCUGGUACAGGAAGUUUGUGGGUGUGGUCCUGUGCAACUCACUGCGCUACAAGAUCUUUAUGGGAGAUGGACUUAAGGAAACUUUCUACAGUAUUGCUGAUUCUUUUGGCAAUGGAGAAGACCACUGUCAGUUUGUAGAUUCACAUUUGGAUGGAAGAACAGGACCACAACCCCUUUCCCUCUACCUACCACAAGCUCAAGGUUACUAUCGCUCAUAUAGACAAGAGCCUGUAGGUUUUGGGCCCAUAGGCAGACGUACGCCUCAUCAGUUUGUGGGCUGGUAUGAGUGUGGGGUCCCAAUCCCUGGGAAAUGGUAACAGAGGACAUUCUGAAUGCCAGUUAUCACUGGCAGCUUCAUUACAUUCUACUACAACCUCUCUGUUUGCCAAGUCCAUAAAUGAACUUUUGCCAACCGAAGCAACUACAGCCUAAACCAAAUACAGUUUCUGUCAGAGAGGAUAUAAUACUUAAAAUAACAUUUUCUAUAUAACUGUUCCAAUAUCAAGCACUUUUUUUAAAAGCAGUCUGUAUAUGAGGAAAUACAAGCAUGUGUGCUCAGAUUAUUAACAACAUUAUCAGGAACAGUGUAUCCUGAAUAAUUGCCAGUGACAAUGGCUUUGAUGGCUUCUUAUUAUUUUGGUAAUAUUAAGUAGUUUGAUACAAACCACAAGCCUUACAAUUGCAAUGACUUAUACAAUAAUGAUGUAACAAAUUGUCCAUGAUUUAUUUUCUUGUAAUUUUUAAUAACUUUGCUAGUUUUGUACUCAUGUUUGCUAUCCUCUUACCUUGAAUGGCAGUUGGCUUGGAAAUAUUGCCCAUAUUAGGGCAGAUAAAAAGGUAAUUUUAUUUGCUCAGGAAAGGUCAAAUACUGAAUAAAGAUACUACGUACAACACUAAAGUUUUAUGUUACACAAACAAAAUAAUGUUACCACGUUAACAUGUGAGGAAAAUACUACUUUAAUGAGAGGAGGUUUCAUUGAGUGGACCAAAUGAUCUAUUGGACGCCUGACAGUACAGGGUGUCCCAAAAGUCUCCAUACAUAGGGGAUUAUGUAUGCCAGCAACACAUCGGUUGUGCCUUUGUCAGUAGAUGUUCAUGGACGUCCACUUCUUGGUUGGUCCGCAACACUUCCAGUCUUUUUGAAUUUGUUAAUAAGUUUGGCAACAGUGUCGUGUGUGAUGUGCUUGCCAUGUUUCCUGUUCAAGUCCACUGCAACCUUGCGACAGCUUCCCAAUCCAGCCAUGAGAAUGAUUUCAAUAUGUUCUUCUUUUGUCAAACGCAUUCUUAAAGGCUAUCUGAAAAAAAUAUAUCAUAUAAACUAACUAUGAAAAAUUUUAGAAGGCAUUUUCCUUCUAAAGGAAGUGUUUAUUGCCCCUUUGUAUGGAGACAUUUGGGACCUGUAUUAUAUGUCUGCAUGUUCCUGAUCACCUAGCAUCUGACAAGUGCCAACCUUACUGAUGUGUGUUUUUUGGCUCAUCACAUAAAAAGAAUUAUCAAGUAAUUUGAACAGGUGAGAGAAGAGUACAUAAGUUGGUCAUUAACACAUUGAUGUUUACAUGCUCUAGCUAUAUUUUUACACAGUCUAAUGAAACUAUAACACUGUCAUCAUCAUUAACAAAUAUUUGUUAAACUAAUAAUGCAAGUCACUUAUUUCCCUUGUAUGCCCAUAUUGUAAGAAGAAUAGUAUAUGGUUAAUUUAUUUGAGAUUAAAAUGCAGUGAUAUUUAGCAGAUCUCAAAUAAAUUUCAUAUUAUCUAUGGACAAUAUUUCUACUACAUCCAGAAACAACAUUUUCCUAUAAUUACUGCCAUGCAGUCAUGUAAUUUUGGAGCUGAAUUGUUUAUUCUUCAUACUACUGUGUGGAAAAUAUUAUUAUCUCAAGGACCAGCAGUUCUUUAUUGCAAAAGUUAAACACAUUUGUGUUUUACUUGGCAUUUAGGAAAAAUGUAUCAGGCAGUUCAUACAAAGGGGAAAUCCGAGGUCAGCUAGCUGAAUCAUCUCUCCUUUGGUCAGCCGUUGUUUUCCAUAGAUUUUGGUGACAGUAAUUGUUUUGUUUCAAGGAUGGACCAUAGCAAAGCAGAGCACAUUUUGCACUCCAGAAUAAAGACAUGCUCCAGAGGUAAUCUGUUUUUUAUCCCGCUUUGUUUAAACUGGUUGUCUGGGACCAUAUUGCCAUUAUCAAGCACAGCAUGGGUUGGAAUAGUUAACAGCUUGGGUUACAUAAUAAUACAUGUGCUGUUUGUCACUACCAAUCAAUCCAUGUAAAUGAAAAAAUACUGGAGACAAUCAAAUCAACCUCCAAUAAUGAAUAAAACAUCUCUAUUCAAUACUGUAA